CGAGGACCUUUUUCCGUGUAGCUUUCGCCUUCUUCCCGGCAUUCCUUUUUCCGCGUUCUCACGGCUCGCUGGCUUUUGCAGCAGCACCCGGCACAUCGCGCACUUCGCGCCCAGGGCUUUGGUGACGUCAUGUUUCUGCGCCUCGUGGACGCCCGCCGGUGAAAGAAGGGAAAGCUCAGCUGCCCUUCGUCUCCUUUUGUUGGGCGGCUGUUCCUUCCGAAUCAUGGCGCCCUCGCUGUGGAAGGGGCUUGUAGGCGUUGGCCUCUUUGCCCUAGCCCAUGCCACCUUUUCAGCUGCGCAGCAUCGUUCUUAUAUGCGACUAACAGAAAAGGAAGACGAAUCACUACCAAUAGAUAUAGUUCUUCAGACGCUUCUGGCCUUUGCAGUCACCUGUUAUGGCAUAGUUCAUAUCGCAGGGGAGUUCAAAGACAUGGAUGCUACUUCAGAGUUAAAGAACAAGACAUUUGAUACCUUAAGGAAUCACCCAUCUUUUUAUGUGUUUAACCAUCGUGGUCGAGUGCUGUUCCGGCCUUCAGAUGCAACAAGUUCUUCAAACCUCGAUGCAUUAUCUUCUAACACAUCAUUGAAGUUACGAAAGUUUGACUCACUGCGCCGUUAAGCUUUUUACAAAUUAAAUAACAGGACAGACACAGAAUUGAGUAUUGGAGUUUGGGGUGUAAAACACUCCCCCCAGCAUCAGUAUUUAUAUUGCUAUUUCAGAGCUAGGUAAAAUAAUCUAUGGCCCUUGUUUGUACAUUGUUGAUCAAAUCAAAUGGUAUAUAAGUUAUCUGUGAAAAGAGUCUUUGAACUUUCAUAUAGAGUUUUUUGUUCAUUUGAAACAAUUCCUAUGUUUUGUAAAAGUCACUGUUUCGAACACAUUUCCUUGGAAAAGUUGGGAUUUUUGUGAUUAUUUAUUUUCAUGGAUUUCUUUUCUUUUGCACUACAGUUUUUAGAAAUCCUGGAAAUACCAUGUAACACCUGCAUUUUGCAGCACUAGAGUCAAAUGGUCUUCAGUUCUUAUCAGACCAACUUCUUUAAGAAGACCAAAAUGGUGGCUUCACAGUUUUUCUUGGGUCCCCUAAAAAGUGACUCUGCUUUUACAGAUACUUGCCAAUUUUUACUUUAUCAGUGGUUUCUCUCCAGCCCCCACUUCCAGAUACCUUGUAACAUCAACUGUCUUGUGUCAUCACUUCUGAGAUUCUGUGUGCAGUGAGCAAUUUUUGUGCUAGAAAUUCUAUCAUAACAUAAAUAUUUAACAAAUUCAUCUUGCUGUAAAACUACUCAUGUUGUUUUGUUGUAAAAUUUUCACUGAUUAUAUAAUGUAAGACUAGUUGAGAGUAGACCAAAAAGACAAUUUAUGAAUUCAUUAUCUUGCCUAUGUAGAAUAGUAUUGAUUGAGGAAAGCUGAUCGUCAUUAGCCGGUUUCAUUCAUUCAAACUAUGUUGGUUUAUUUCAUACUAAACUAGUGAAUUAGUGAAAAUAAAAGAAACAUCUCAUUUAAUCUAAAGGCACAUAUAAAGAAACUGGGCCAAAUAUGUUCUAAAUAUUUGGAGUUACUCUAUUUAAAUUCUCUUAGAAAAUUAAGGUCAUUUAAGAAGUUGUUCUGUAGCUUCUGACUGAGCACUGGCUUGGAGUUUUCCGUCUUCACUCUACAGUGCUGAAGGUGAAGAUAAGGGCAUGGCAUUGAAUGUUUUUCAGAAACAGUCAUCUUACUUGUAGGAACAUUGGAGUAGCUUUUUCAGCUAAAAAAACUAAGAAGCUCAGCAUUACUUUGUAGAGAUUAUUGCUCUCCACAAGCAUGGACACAUUACUUUUGUUAAAUUAUAUAGGUGUAAAGGGAAUAACUGCAGAUUUUGAUAGGAAACCCACCUGAAGCUUUUUGUGUGUUUCAGGCAGGGUCUUGAUAUCAAGAUGCUCUUUUACUUGGAAGCUUUUUUUUUUUUUUCAUUAGGAAUGAACCUCAGCCUUUCUACCCGGUGAUGCACAGCCUCAAAGGACAAGAUUGUUUUGUCAUUUAUUUGUUUUUGUUGUUUUCAUUAUUUGUUUGUAAACAGGAUUUUAUAUAACCUGAGCUAGCCUCACACUCACUAUGUAGCCGAGGAUGAUCCUCAUGCCUCCACCUCCUCAGUGCUAAGAUUAUAGGUGCUGCCACUCUUCCUGGCUUUCUGGGUUCUGGGUUCUGAACCCAAGGCCUUAUGCAUGCUAGGCAAGCACUGUACCAGCUGAGCUAUAUCGCAGGCCUUUGAUAUUGGGUUGUGAUUAUUUAGUUUUGUUUUUCUAGCUAAGUCUAUGGAGCACUGACUCUGUUCUCUACUGAGAACAAACUCAGAAAUCAGCUGAUAGCCUACAAUAAUUUAGAAAUAGGCAAACAAUGUGAAGUCAAGCCAGGGGUGGUGGCAUGUGCUUGUAAUCCCAGCACCAAGGAGGCUGAAACAGGAUCACAAGUUUAGGGCAGAUUUGGGCUAUCUUAGUGAAUCCCUGUCUUAACCACAAUCCCCAGAAAACUGAAUCCAAGGACUAAGGAGGAGAUAAUGAAAUCAAAAUGGCAGGCAAGAAGCAUGCUGUACAACAGGCUUUUCUGCCAUUCUUCUGUUCAUUGAUUCCUCUAUUCCUUGAUUGAAGAGCCUCUUGUUUUCUUCUCUUUGGGGACUGUUAUCCCUUCUUAAUGUGUUUCAUAACAAUGUUACUGAGAAUUAAUCUACGUGCUUUGUAAUCUCCUUUAAAGGGUAUAGAUGCUACAUGUGGCUCACGCCUGUAAUCCUACCACUCAGGAGGUCAAGGCAGGAAAGUUGUCACACAAGCUCAAGGCUAGAUUCAGAAACACAGCGAGAAGGUAUAUAAAUUUAAAAGGGUGCAAUUAAGUAACUUAGUUUAUCCACAGAAUUGUGCAGCCACUUGAUAUAUCUAGUCCGUUCACGACCCUCAAAGAACCCUCUGAUUUCCUCCCAGUGUGUCCCACCCAGGUCCUAGGAAACCAAGAGUCUUAUUAUAUAUGUAUAAUCUUACCAUUUACUAUAAUUGAGUUAAUGCAAUAUUUAGUCCUUUGCCACCAGUUUCAUAAAUAGGGUUUCCUAUGUGAGAUGAGUGCUCAACUGGAGAACCCAGAACCCAACACAGUGAGAGGAACUGUUUGAGGGACUGGGGUGGUAACUGGUAGAAUGCUUGCAUAGCAUGUACAAGGCCCUGGGUUCAUCCACAGCAUCACAGUACCUGACAGACUCCUUAGCUAAUCUUAUAACACAGAGUCAUUUCCUUCUACCUAAACAUCCAUCCUGUACUGCUUCUAAUGUCUGU